ACGAACGUUGCAGCUGGAGUGGGGGAAGGGGUCGCUGAAGUUGACGGAACCGCCAUCUUGAAAAGUGCCCUCGAAGAUCUACAUUUUCGCGCCUGUUAGAAACAGUUUUAAACGCUUUAUUUUCCUAACGGAAAUUUCGUGUUAUCCCUGUCUUCGUAUCGCUAAAGUCCGAGGCUAAUGUUAAAAUACGCUACAUGCUGGAAAGUCGGUGUUUACCGUUGUCUGUUGUUUCCAGGGCCUUUGGUGGUGACUACGCACAGCAGUAAACGCAGUUGGGUCACAGUGUGUUCUUGAAGUGCUGUAUGUGUGCUUUUUGUGAGUGUGUCCAUUACCGCUAUCUGCCUGCUUGCCCAUUCGUCUGGUUAGCCUGGAAUGGGCCACAACUCCCAAAGACUAGAACAAACUUGUUUUUAACCUGAGCUCCGCUGUGUGGACUCCCAGCAUACUCACAGAACCAACAUGUUUUGGAAAUUUGACCUCCACACCACAUCCCACAUUGACACUCUGCUGGAGAAGGAGGAUGUGACGCUUACAGAGGUCAUGGAUGAAGAUGAUGUCCUGCAGGAGUGCAAGGCCCAGAAUCACAAACUUGUGGACUUCCUGCUGAGACCACAGUGUAUGGAGGACCUGGUUACCUACAUCACACAGGAACCCUGUACUGAUGUUGAGGAGAAGGUGAAAUACAAGUAUCCCAACAUAUCAUGUGAGCUGCUUACAUCAGAUGUGAGCCAGAUCAAUGACAGACUAGGAGAAGAUGAAAAACUGCUGUUGAAAUUGUACAGUUUCCUCCAAAAUGAGCCACCCCUCAACCCCCUCCUGGCCAGCUUCUUCUCCAAAGUUCUUUCUAUUCUUAUAGGACGAAAGCCUGAACAGAUAGUUGAUUUUCUGAGGAAGCAAGAAGACUUUGUAGAUUUGAUGAUCAAACACAUUGGGACCUCUGCAAUCAUGGACCUGCUGCUCAGAAUGCUCACCUGCAUCGAACCACAGCAGCUACGUCAAGAUGUUCUUAAUUGGCUGAAUGAGGAGAAAGUGAUUCAGAGACUGGUGGAGAUGAUACAACCUUCUCAAGAUGAAGAUAGACACUCCAAUGCAUCCCAGUCACUGUGUGAGAUCAUCAGACUGAGCAGAGACCAGAUGUUUCAGGUCCAGGGCUCUUCAGAGCCUGAUCCUCUUCUGGCCACACUUGAAAAGCAGGAGACAGUAGAGCAGCUACUUUCUAAUAUCUUCGACAAGGAAAAGAAUGAGUCUGCAAUUGUCAGCGUUAUCCAGAUUCUACUCACCUUGUUUGAGACGAGGAGACCAGCGUUUGAGGGUCACGUUGAGUGCCCCCCUGGGAUGUCCCACCCAUCUUUCUCAGUUAACCACAGCAUCCUGGAGGCUGUAAGACCUAGACUCAAAGACUUUCACCAGCUGCUACUGGAACCUCCAAAGAAGACUAUGAUGAAGACAACAUGGGGGGUUCUGGACCCUCCAGUGGGAAACACCAGGCUGAAUGUGGUCAGACUGGUGGCCAGUCUGUUGCAGAGCAACACACACAGCAUCAAUGCAGAACUAAUUAACCUCAACACACUGGGAGUUAUAUUAGAUAUGUAUUUCAAAUACAUCUGGAACAACUUCCUCCACAUUCAGGUGGAAAUCUGCACAGCCAUGAUACUGGCUAUGCCUCCUGCCCCCACAGACACCCAACCAGACACAGAGUCGGAACGUGUGAGGGAAAGCAUCCUUAUUAAACAUCUGUUUCAAAAGUGCCAGUUUAUACAGAGAAUCCUCGAUGCCUGGAGCUCCAAUGAGAACGAACAGGCAGAAGGUGGUCGGCGACGAGGCUACAUGGGUCACCUCACCAGAAUAGCCAACUCUAUAGUUCAUAACUGUGACAAAGGCCCUAAUGGACCGCAAAUACAACAGCUCAUCUCUGAGCUCCCAGCAGAGGAUAGAGAGAAAUGGGAAGCUUUUAUUUCUGGGCAGCUGGCUGACACAAACAAAAGAAACACUGUCGACUUGGUAAAUACACACCACAUCCAUUCUUCCAGUGAUGAUGAGGUGGACUUUAAAGACAGUGGUUUUCACCAAGACUCGUCUCUUCAACAAGCCUUUUCUGAUUAUCAGAUGCAACAAAUGACGUCCAAUUUUAUUGAGCAGUUCGGCUUCAAUGACGAAGAGUUUGCUGAUCAGGACGAUGUUGUGGAUAUUCCCUUUGAUAGAAUAUCAGACAUCAAUUUUUCACUGAAUACAAAUGAAAGUGCAAAUAUUGCUCUGUUUGAGGCACGCUGUAAGGAGAAAAUCCAGCAGUUUGAAGAUGCUGGUUCAGAUGAAGAUGAUAUCUGGGAUGAAAAAGAUGUCACCUUUGCCCCAGAGGCACAGAGACGCCCCAGAAGUUCGGGCAGCACAGACAGUGAGGAGAGCACAGACUCCGAGGACGACGAUGCGAAGAGGGAUCCAUUUGAAACUUCCAACCCCAGCAACGAUGACAGAAUGGAAGUUGACACAGGCCCAGUGUGGACAGCAAAUUUUGAUGACAUCCCCAUGGACACAGGUACAUCCACAGCUCCAACCUCCAACCCCAAUAAUCCAGCUGCAUCCUCUCCCUUGUCCUCCACCUCUCCUGAAGCAGCAUGGAGCUCCUCUCCUACUGCUACCUCAAACUCAGAAACGGGCUGGGCUGAUUUCUCAAACUUCACUCCUGUCAGCCCCAAAGACCCUCUGAGGUGUAACUCCCCUGUUGCUAUGGAAACCAGCAUAGAGACGAUGGACCCUUUAGGGGUUAACGCACCCAUGCAGCCUGAAGACUGUGAUGGCUGGUUGGGCACAAGUGGGGCUGCUCCAGCUGCCACUUCACCAAGGGACUGUGGGAGCUCAAAGACGGAGGAGGAAGUAUCUUGUUCUGAGCACCGCAGCAUCACAGAGACGGUCAUCAACGGCUCCAUGAAAGAAACAGUCAGUCUCACUGUUGAUGCCAAGACUGAGACCGCCGUUUUCAAGAGAGUGUUGAAAUCUUAUCGUGAUGAAGAGAAGAUUGCUUCUUCAGAGAAAUACUCAGUAGUGGAGUAUGUGGAGUCGGAGAGAGCGGGCAUCAACAGCUCAGCCACAGCCUGUUGUCCUAAAACUGGUAGUGAGAAAUGUCGUGUGGAGCUUCCCAAUGGUCCUCUGGAGGAAAUGUCUCCCACUGAGGAGGCCAAGCUCGACAGAAGUUCUGUGUCCUCUGAGCCAGCUGUCAAUGGGCCAGCAUGAGGGUCACUUAAUGCCUGCCAAUGGCCAGCCUGUUCUGCCAUGCAGGGCCUUUCUCCUGGUCAGCCAGCAGAGGCUACUGCUCUGAGCUGUUCCAACCACACGCCCCACCAGGACCAGCAGUACUCCCAUCGUCUCAUCACUGAAAGACAAACGGGCAGACAGGUGUACAGACACAGGAUGGACUGAAAAGUAAAAUGAGAGACACUCAAAUGGAUACAGAAUAUUUUUUUUUCUGCAUUUGUUUAUAUACUGUUGUACUUAGGUGAUGUGCGACUGAUAUCCUGACUCUCAAAAUUAAAUAGUAAUGUUGCUAUAGUUAAGGAAAUGAUUGUAUGAAUAAAAUAUUUUAUAAAAGAAAA